AAUGCCCUAGUCUAAAACAAUCUUACAUUAACAUCAUGGGUGCACAAUCUUCAAAAGUAGUAAGGAAACUUCCUACAAAAGCAAAACAGGAAACAUUUCAAAAUGUACCUAAAGAGUCACCCUCCACACUUGGCCCUUCUAUUGUUUCAGACAUCAAGACAGAAUUUAUUGAAAAAGAUGGUCAGGAUCCUCAACUACUUGAAAAUUUAAAGAUAUUAGGAUCUGUAGAAAUUCAACCUACAGUUACUAAAAUGAGAACAACAGAUACAAUGUUAGGCAUCAUGAAACAUAGAAAAGAAGCAGAAGAAAAAGAAGAAGAAGAAAAUGUAUCAACAGAAUUGAAAGGCAAUAAUAGGAUAGGUUCACUUUCAAUUGAUUUACUUUUUGAGUUAUUUGAGCAAAGAAAACGAUUGCUACCGGGUGAGAUUGACCGACCGGAAAUACGACAAGCACUGUUAAGAGAAUAUAAACUAGAUACGGAUGCUACACUAUCGACCUUAUUAAAGUAUUAUAAUACAAUGGCUAUUAUGCCUGUCCUUGAAGAUGAUAAAAAUGAAAGACGUUUAGGUGUUUGGGUAGAUAAUAAAGUAGAUUGGGAAAACAAAGUACGAAAGAUAGAGGAGGAAAAUGAAGAAAUUAAAAAGGCAAAGCAGAAGGCGCUUGAGAAUAAUGAUAAUAAUCAAGUUAAAAAGGCAAAGGAACAAGACAAAUUAUUAAAAGAUCUCUUUGAGGAAGACUAUUAG